CACUCCCAGAUGAGAAAAUCCAGCACAGCCUUCUACCGGCUCCCACGGAAGGGCUGGAGCCUGCAGAGCUGAGCGUCCGCUCCGUUUUUUCAGCCCACGUCACCCUGACACACGCAACCUUCAACUCAGGAGUCAGAUGGUUUAUGAAAGGUGUGUCUAACCUUAUCUCAGCUGUCCCCUCUGACGUAGGACUCAGUCUGAGACUUUGUACCAGUGAAUGAGCUUCUGCAAACAAGGGAAGUAGAAGGAGUGAGGAGCAGCUGGAGCCUCCCAGCACCACGGAGUCUCCCAGAAACAGCACGCUGUGCCAGCACAUUGCCCAUCUUCCCUGUGCCUGGAGGUUUCAGGGGUGUCCUGUGAGGUCGGUCUGACCUGAUCUGCCACAGAACACGUUCCCGUGGAGCCUCACCAUCCAGCCAUGCUGCACUUCCUCUGGGACAGCAUCUCCUUCCAGACGUUCCUCAUCUUCCUCACAGUCUUCCUGCUCAUUGCCGACUACAUGAAGCAGAGAAAGCCCAAGAACUAUCCUCCCAGCCCUUUCUCCCUUCCUUUCGUGGGGCACAUCUACCUGAUGAACUUCAAAAACCCCUGGAGCACAGUAGAGAAGCUUGCUGAGAAGUAUGGGAACAUCUUCAGCAUACAGAUAGGUGGCAUCUCCAAUGUCUUCAUCAAUGGGCCACGGAUGGUGAAGGAAGUUCUUGUAAACCAAGGGGAAAACUUCCUGGAUCGCCCUGAGACUCCUCUCAGCGGGGAUAUGUUCAAUAAGAAGGGACUGAUCUUCUCCAAUGGGCUGUUGUGGAAGCAGCACAGGAGGUUCACCUUGACCACCCUCCGAAACUUGGGCCUGGGGAAGAGGGGCCAGGAGGAGUGCAUCCAGGAGGAGUGCCAGUACCUCGUGGAUGCCUUUGGGGAGGAGCAGGGGAAUCCUUUCAACCCACACUUGAAAAUCAAUCACGCCGUUUCAAACAUCAUCUGCUGCUUCGUCUUUGGCAAUCGGUUUGAGUACCACGAUAAGGACUUCCAAAGACUGCUGCAGCUGGUGUACGAGACAGUUGAACUCCACGGGAACAUCAUGAGCCAGCUGUAUGCUGCUUUACCAUCUAUCAUAAAGUUCUUGCCUGGAUCCCACCACACCAUUAUGAAAAACUGGAGGAGUGUGAGAAGUUUCAUAGACGAGAAGAUCGACAAACACAAGGAAAACCAGAACCCCUCGGAGAGCCAGGACUUCAUCGAUAGCUACCUGCAGGAGAUAGCCAAGGACAAUGGCAGUGACACCUUCCAGGAGAACCAUCUGGCAGCCUGUGUAAUGGACCUGGUGUUCGCUGGGACCGAGACCACUUCCACAACCCUGCGCUGGGCUCUCCUCUAUAUGGCCAUGUAUCCAGAAAUCCAAGCCCGUGUGCACGCUGAGAUCGACAGGGUCAUCGGCCAGGGGCGGCUGCCGGCACUGGAGGACAGGAACAACAUGCCCUACACCAACGCUGUCAUCCACGAAGUGCAGAGGAAAAGCAACAUCAUCCCUUUCAACGUGCCAAGAGAGGCAGUGAAAGACACGGUCUUGGAUGGCUUCCAUAUACCAAAGGGCACAACUGUGGUUGCAAAUUUAACCUCUGUGAUGUUUGACAAGGAGGAGUGGGAAACCCCCAACACUUUUAACCCUGGGCACUUCCUGAAGGAUGGUCAGUUCUGCAAAAAGGAGUCUUUUGUGCCAUUUUCUCUAGGGAAGCGCGCCUGCCUGGGAGAGGUGCUGGCCCGCUCCGAGCUCUUCCUCUUCUUUGUGUCUCUGCUCCAAAAAUUCACCUUCCAGCCACCCCCAGACACCACACUCACCCUGCAGUUCAGGAUGUCCAUGACCUUGGCCCCUCACCCCUACAAGAUCUGUGCUGUGCCUCGGUAGUGAACGUCUUCCUCUGGCAGAGAUGCCACAGAGGAGCUCUAACAGCUCCCCGGAGCCUGGCUGCAGGGAGAAGCUGGGCACUGUGUUUGUUUCUUUGAAAGCAGUUCUUCUUUUUCUUUUACAAGCAGACCUCCAACUCUGUAUUAUAUAAGUAAAGAGUGGCCUGGGAUGUGCCACUUAGGCUUGGUUACAGCCCUGUCCAUGAAUGAAGGGCUUGGGGCCUUCCUCAAAUUGAUGCUGGAUGGCCACACUUCACAGUGGCAAGAGAAUGAGCAACAAUUUGGAGAGUAUAGGCUGUGGCUGUGGAAGAGCAGAGCCACUAGCUCUUGUUUUAGAACAUCAAUACAGGUAUUGCAAACAUUUUCCUAUCUUGUUAUCCUUGAGAUAUAAUCUGUUAAAAAAACCCACCCUGUAACAUCUUUCUCAUGCAUCAAUAAAUCCU